CAUAUUUUCAUUGUAAUCUUAUAUAUUACUAUUUCAUUGAACCACUUAAGUAAAAUUUUGAUAACAAUGAGUAGACAUUAAUCAAUUUACAUCCCUUUGGAAUCAUUCUUUAAUUUCGAUUUCAACCUUGAAGUUGUAUCUUGUAAGACAAUUGAUUUUGUUCUGACACUUCCUUGUUACAUAGUGCAAUGGGAAUAGAAGAUUCAGAUAUUUGUAUCAUCAAGGAGCCAGAUCGUGUCAUAGUCUAUUCCGAUGGAAUUUCGCACGAUUCAAUUCAUGAAAAUGGAACUAAUAAUCACAAUAUCACAGAGUCUUAUGAGCAUAUCAAUGAGACUACUGAACAUCAUAGUUCAGAGGAGAGCACAAAGGAAUAUGAGGUGAAGGAAUGUACAACAGAAGUUUCUGUUAAGGCCUCCGACGAAUUGAACAUUAGAAAAACCGAGGAGAAGUUAACCUCCGAUUUCGAGGGUGUACUCAUUGAAAAAAGUUCAAAACCACAUAAAACAAAGGGUAAUCACAAGCCACGAGAUACUGUGAUGAAGCGCGGAUCAAGACCUUCUGUUGGGAAUGUUCAAAUCAAACCUACAGUUCCACAACCAUUUUCCCUAGCAACUGAGAAGCGUGCUUUGGUUGUAACACGUCCUACUUUGGAAGAAGAUAACAAAGGCAGUAAUGGAAGAAAAUCUUCUGUAAAUAAAAAAAAUGUGCUAUCUUCCAAUAUGCUUAAACAGAAUCAGUUGAAGACUCCUUUGGUACCAAGAAAACCAUUGCAACCCGAUAACAAGAAGCAUUCUGAUGAGGAAGAUUCUUGUUCAGUUGCUUCUAUAACUGGGGCUUCUGUGCGGUCAUUCAAGUCCAGGGCAACUGUCGCUGCUGCUCCAGUGUUUCGGUCGACUCAACGUGCAGAAAGGAGGAGGGAGUUUUAUACAAAAUUAGAGGAAAAGCAACAGGCAAUGGAGGCUGAGAAGAAUCAAAAUGAAGCAAGGAGCAAGGAAGAGAAGGAGGAAGCCAUCAAGCAGCUGAGGAGGAGUUUAAUGUUCAAAGCAAGCCCUAUGCCAAGCUUUUACCAUGAGGGGCCUCCACCUAAGGUUGAGUUGAAAAAGCUACCACCAACACGUGCAAAAUCUCCAAAGCUCGGCCGGCGAAAGAGCAACAGCGGUGCAAUUAAUUCAUCUGAAAGGGUCAAGGAGAAAGGAGAUGCUGCGCAGAGAAAGCAUCCCACACCGAACACCAACAACUGUAACUUGAGUGAUGUGAACAAUGGCAUGGGUGGCCUCGAAAAUGAGACCGAGCAUACUGAACUAAUCGAAGAAAUUAAUAUGAUCAAAAAGACUGGACAAGCCGAAAUGGAGAUCAGCUGGCAGUCAAGCUUUCAAUGAGUUUAGUUUUUUCAGUUCUAAUUUAUGAGAAUCUGGGGAAUGAAGUCUUGUUUCUUGUGACUUUGUGAAGCGUGUUCACUUGCUGGUGUGUGCAAUGUUUCAUAUGUGAAAAUGUUUAUUUGUAAUUUAUGUUAAGUGUUAACUUAUUUGUAAAAAAGGAAGUCUUAUUGCUCAUAAGAGUUAUUUAAGCAUUUGUCUCUCAGCUUGAACUUCAGGGUCAGAAUGUUUUAAGUUAUUGGAAAAUAAUGCUAUUAAGUGAACAAAGUAAGUUAUGUUUCAUUCUUGCUA